AUUUUAAAUUUCGAACCGUUAAUUUUUUUAAAGCUUGCCAAUUUUUUUUUAAUAAAAAUGGUAAAGUAAACAGCGAUUUUCGAAUUGGCAAAAUGUUCUAUUUCAAACGGUAUUUUUUACGAACGGUGAUUUUCGUCGCGUGGUGUAAGGAAAACUAUGCUCUCGGCGGUGAUGUUUUACAGUUCAUAUUCUCGUGUACUCUUUGGAUAUCUGUGAUAUUAACUUUGCUAACAUAUGACUACGAUUAUUGGAUAUACAAGGGGAUGUUCUCGCCCCCAGCUUGGCCUGUCGUGGGUCAUAUUUGGAAAAUGGCCACAUUCAGGGAACAUAGUGGAGUAUUUUUUAAAAGGAUGUAUGAUAACUACAAGCAUAAACGAUUUAUAGGUAUCCACCAGUUCUACCGCCGCACCGUGGUGGUGACGGAUCCGGAGGUGAUCCGGCGCAUGUGCAUCAACGACUUCCAGCACUUCACAGACCGAGGGUUCUCGUUCGACAGGCGCCUGGAUCCGCUGGCCGAAUCCGUGCUGUACCUGCGGGGGAACGAAUGGAAGGCGCUUAGGUCGAAAAUCUCGCCGAUAUUCUCACCAAUAAAGCUGAAAGGCAUGCUGCCGUUAGUAGACAACACAGCUAUGGACUUCAUCAAUCAAGUGAGAAAACUGUUAAAUGAGAACGAAACACCCAAAGUCGGUAAAGUGGUAUCAUGUGGUGAGAUGUUUGGUGGGUAUACCGCUGAUGCCAUAGUGCCAUGUGCCUUUGGAGUCAAGAGCCAUGUGAUGAAGAAUCCAGAGGAUCCAUUCGCAGUCGCCCUCCGCGCCUACUAUGAGUUUACUUUACGUAAUGUACUAGAGAAAUCCUUACACUACUUCUGGCCAGCGUUUGCUAUAUUCAUGAAGAUCAGAAUCAUACCAAAGAAGACUCAUGACUUCUUCUACAAUAUCGUCGCAAAUGUUAUUCGCGAGAGGCAAAAUGGUGUCCACGACAAGCGGGGAGACUUCAUCGACAUGAUGAUGGCGCUGCAGAGCGAUGAGAGGAACCACAAUGUACCUGACAAAGAUGACGUCAGAAUCACGGACAUGAUAAUAUCAGCCAACGCGUUCAUCAUCUUCCUCGGGGGCUUCGAGACCACUUCCUCCACCCUGUCCUUCAUGUUCCUGGAGCUGGCUGAACAUCCGGAGGUCCAGGGGAAGAUGAGGGACGAGAUACACCAGGUUCUGGAGAAGCACGGGGGGAUGAUCACGUAUGAGACUCUACAGGAUCUUACCUAUAUGGAAAUGGUUAUACAAGAAACCCUCCGCCUGUACCCGCCGUUCCCGGCGAUACAGCGGCAGUGCCGGAGGCGGUACUCGCUCGCGGAUGGACAGACCGACACCGUCAUAGAACCGGACACCCUCGUCAUCUUCCCCACGCUCGGUCUGCAUAGAGACGAACAGUAUUUCGAGAACGCGUCAUCGUUUAUACCUGAGCGGUGGGCGGAGGGGAAUCCCCCUCCCCCGCCCGGAGUCUACAUGCCCUUCGGAGAGGGCCCUCGGUACUGCAUCGGUAAAAGAUUCGCUAUAAUCCAAAUGAAAUGCUGCCUCGUGAAACUACUGCAACACGUGAGGAUAAGUCCAGCGCCAGGGAGACAGGACAAUUCUGACUCAGAGUCAUGGACUCACUCAAAUGAUAAAUCUGACUUUGAUUCAAGCAAUCACUUUUACGGAAAGUCUGAGUCUGAGUCAUGUACUCAUUCUAACUCUAAUGUAAAAUCUGACUCCGAGUCAUAUACUCACUCUAACUCAAGCGUUAAAUCUGACUUCAAGUCAUGUACUCACGCAUCACAGCCGUACAUUAUACGAGAGUCGAGUAUUCAAUCUCACUCAUACACACAGUCAUGUACUCAGCCUCACUCAAGAUCUAGACUUAAGUCGAGUCGCAGAGAGCCGUUUGCAGCUGACGUUCGCUGUCCAAUGACCUUACAUCCGGCUGACUCGAGAGUGACUUUAAGUUUAUUAUGACAAACUUAGACUUAUAGAAUAUCCGUGGAAGCCCCAAGCACUGAUUUUUUAAAGUGAGUAGAAAAACGCAAAAAUGCAGUGAGUACUGAGUAUAAAACACAAUAUUUUUUAUAAGUGUUACUGCACAUGUCUACAGAAUAUGUAUUUGAAUUGAAAAAUUAUGAUUGCAUGAGAACAAAAAAAUAUAUUUGGGAAAUUGUAAAGAAAAUGUCUAUCAUAAGUAGAAUAGAUUUUUUCUUAAUAUUG